GGCUGGUUUAGGAAGCCAUCGCUUAGACGCAGUUUUCACCGAAUUGGACUCGAUGGAAAAUAGUCAGGAGAUCUCGCGAGACAAAGUGACCUCGGGAAGCCAGAUUUGGGGGAGGAGGGGAGGGAGGAAGUGUCUCUCGCGAUAGACACGGCAAGCACACAGCUCGUGGAAGGGAAGGUGUGGUGAGGACUCUCGCGAGACCUGAAGGCACCGCAGCCGCCGCGGCGGCCGGAGUGGAGAGGACCGGAAGUCCUUCCUCCCGAGCACCCAGUGCUGGAGGCGGCCUGACUUUCUUUCCCGGAAGCCCUGCUCCAGCAGCUGGGAAGACAGCCCACCUGUCCGGAAGUCCCGCCUCCUCGAGCGCCCCCACCCAGAAGUUUUUCUGUCACCUGUGUUUGCCUUGGUCUCCCUUCCCGAGCUUGUCCCUGUACCCGAGUAGGAUACGUUUAGUGCCUCCUUCCCCGCCCUCACCGAACGGGUUGGCUGCCCCACUCCCGGACCCGGGGUUCCUUCCCCGCGCCCCCAUGUAGCUGGGAAGCGGGGCCUGGGGGCGGUUGGACCCCUGGGAUCCUGAAGGAGAGGCGGAGAGGGCGCGCACCUCCGCUGCUGCUCCUGCUACCGGGACGCGGCCUCUCCUGCCGCUCCCCUCCCGCUGCCAUGCACCCCGCGGCCUUCCCGCUUCCUGUGGUUGUGGCUGCCGUGCUCUGGGGAGCGACCCCCACCCGCGGGCUCAUUCGAGCGACCUCGGACCACAAUGCCAGCAUGGACUUUGCAGACCUGCCAGCGCUCUUUGGGGCUGCCCUGAGCCAAGAGGGACUUCAGGGCUUCCUUGUGGAGGCUCACCCGGCCAAUGCCUGCAGCCCCAUUGCCCCACCGCCCCCAGCCCCGGUCAACGGGUCAGUCUUUAUUGCACUGCUUCGAAGAUUCGACUGCAACUUUGACCUCAAGGUCCUCAAUGCUCAGAAGGCGGGGUACGGUGCAGCUGUGGUGCACAACGUGAACUCCAACGAGCUUCUGAACAUGGUGUGGAACAGCGAGGAAAUCCAGCAGCAGAUCUGGAUCCCGUCUGUGUUUAUCGGGGAGAGGAGCUCCGAGUACCUGCGCACCCUCUUCGUCUACGAGAAGGGGGCUCGGGUGCUGCUGGUCCCAGACAACAGCUUCCCUUUGGGCUACUACCUCAUCCCUUUUACAGGGAUCGUGGGGCUGCUGGUUUUGGCCAUGGGAGCAGUGAUGAUAGUCCGUUGUGUCCAGCACCGGAAACGACUCCAGCGGAAUCGACUGACCAAAGAGCAGCUGAAACAGAUUCCCACGCAUGACUAUCAGAAGGGUGAGGGGCACAAGGGGGAGACGGGGCCUUUCUCCCAGAUGGUUCCAAAGGAGUUUGAGCUCAAGAGACCAGGGGCAGAGAUGCCACCCUUCCUUCGCUCUAUCCACACGGCCGGUGAGGACAGGACGGGCAUAGGGCCGGCGGUGGAAAGCACCGGUGAUCAAAUGGAAGAGUUGGGGGACGAAUGGAGGACCGACCUUGCCUGUAGGGGAGGUGGAGAGAGCAGAGACGUGGCAGGAGUGGGGAGGAACUGGGCCGAGGAAGAUACAGGAGACCAGUAUGACGUCUGUGCCAUCUGCCUGGACGAGUAUGAGGACGGGGACAGGCUGAGGGUGCUCCCCUGUGCUCAUGCCUACCACAGCCGCUGUGUGGACCCCUGGCUCACCCAGACCCGGAAGACCUGCCCCAUCUGCAAGCAGCCCGUCCAUCGGGGUCCUGGGGACGAGGAACAGGAGGACGAAACUCAGGGGCCAGAGGGUGAUGAAGAAGGGGAGCCAGGGGACCAACCUGUCUCAGAACGGACCCCGCUUCUGGGCUCCAGCCCCACACCUCCCACCUCCUUCGGCUCCCUGGCUCCAACCCCUCUGGCCUUCCCUGGAUCUCCAGCAGAUCCCCCGCCCGCUCCCUCCUCUUCAGCUGCCGUGCUGGUCUAAUAAUCCCCUUGCCCCCCCCCAACCCCCCCACAGACCUGUUUGCACAGCCCCUUUUCCUCCCUCCGGUUUCCUGGAUUGAGGGACAGGGGACAUGUCCACCCCAGGUUUCUCCCUUGCCCAACCCCAUCCUUUUGAAGGGGUUGAGGGUGUAGAGGGACUGGGUCUUCAUUUUCGGGGUUAAUAAAACAGUUUUUGUGAACUGA